AUCUACUAACGAAUUAGAAGGACCUUUGCCUGAAUUUUUGGCAGACUUGUCAAAGUUAAAAGUUCUUAAUUUGACAGGAAACAACCUUUCGGGUUUAAUUCCUAAGGCUCUUCGAAAGAAGGUUGCAGAUGCAAGUUUGCAAUUAAGUGUUGGUGGUAAUCCUAAUCUCUGCGUAAAGGAUUCAUGCAACAAUAAGAAGUUUGUUACACCACUCAUGGCAUCUCUUGCAGCAGCUUUAAUUUUAAUCCUUUUGAUCCCUGGAUUUUGGAUACUUCAAAGAAGACGGAAAGAAAAAGAAGCACAUACUAUUAAAGAGGGAGCAUCGUUGAAAUUAAAACAAGCAGCAUUCACUUACAAUGAGAUUCUCUCUAUCACUGAUAACUUCAAAACAAUGAUUGGAGAAGGAGGAUUUGGAAAAGUUUAUUUUGGCAUUUUACCGGAUCACACUCAAGUUGCUAUCAAGUUGCUUUCUCCAUCAUCACGGCAAGGUUAUACGGAGUUUCAAUCAGAGGUACAUCUUCAUAGCCUUAUUCGUCAUAGGAACUUAGUCUCUCUCGUUGGGUAUUGUGAUGAAGGAGAGAAUAAAGCAUUGAUUUAUGAAUAUAUGUCCAAUGGAAAUCUCCGGCAACAUUUGUCAAGGCAAAACCCAUAUGUGUUGAAUUGGAAUGAGAGACUGAACAUAGCAAUUGAUGCAGUGAAUGGACUAAAUUAUUUGCAUAAUGGUUGCAAUCCAUCAAUCGUACAUAGAGAUUUGAAGACUUCAAAUAUAUUGCUAGAUGAGUGGAAGCAUGCCAAGAUAGCUGAUUUUGGUCUAAGUAGAGCAUUUCGUAAUGAUAUUGAUUCUCACAUAUCAACCUGUCCUGCUGGUACCCCAGGUUAUAUUGAUCCAGAGUUUCAAAGGGUUGGAUGUUUGAAUAAGAAAAGCGAUAUUUACAGCACUGGCAUCAUUCUGCUUGAGUUGAUAAGCGGGAGACCUGCAAUAUCAAGAGAAGGCAAAGGAGAAGCCAUUCACAUACUUGAAUGGGUUAGGCCCAUAUUUGAAAGAGGUGAUGAUGAUGGCAUUCAAAACAUUGUUGAUUCAAGGUUGUUGCAAGGAGAAUUCAAUGUUGAUUCCGCAAGAAAAGUUGUACAGAUUGCAGUGUCUUGCGCUUCACCAACUGCAGCUGAAAGACCAGACAUAAAUCAAGUCCUUGUAGAGCUGAAGGAAUGCUUAUCUUUUGGUGCGCCUGAGGUGUCCGUACACAUUGAAACUGAGUGUUCUCUCAUCUCCGGUAGAUAG